AUAAGUAAAGAUAAGGAGGGAGGAGAUUAGCAAGGCCGAUAACGCUUAAAGGGGGAAGGCCGAGGACAUGAGGGUACUCAACAGAAGCCUCAGUCUGCAGGACAUGACGCUGAUGUAUCUGACCACGCUGGCCACUCUGGUGGUGAUCCUCGUGGCUUCCUAUCAAGCGGGCAGCUCCCACGGGGCGCACCUACCCUACCACAUCCCCCUGGACCCUAAAGGGGACCUGCAGCUGUCCUGGAACAUCAGCUACGCCCGGCAGGAGAUCUACCUGGAGCUGCAGGUGAGGGACCUGCAAGAGGGGCUCGUUUUCGGCAUGUCUGACCGCGGGGAGCUCCUCAAUGCCGACCUGCUCGUCCUUUGGAACGAUGGACACAAGUCCUACUUUGGGGACGCCUGGAUUGACAGCACUGGUCAUGUGACCCUGGACAGCCAGCAGGACUACCAGCUGAUCGAGGCCCGACACACGCCGGACGGAUUCUUCCUCCUCUUCAAGAGGCCCUUCAGCACCUGCGACCCCAGAGACUACGUCAUCGAGGAGGGCACAGUUCAUCUGAUUUACGGGAUACUGGACAAGCCACUGACCUCACUCCAGCAACUGAACCGUUCCCUGGUGCGCUCUGGAGUGCAGCGAGUCCUUCUCCUCCGGCCGGCGGUCCCCUCCGUCUCGCUGCCCAAGGACGUGCGGACCCUGGAAGUCCUGGCCCCGUCGGUCACCAUCCCCGAACAGGAGACCACUUACUGGUGUCAUGUUUACCAGCUGCCUCGGGACCUGCCCAAGAACCACAUCGUCAUGUACGAGGCUGUAAUCACCCCAGGCAAUGAGGCGAUUGUCCACCACAUGGAGGUGUUUGAGUGCGCCCCUCAGCUGGAGACGGUGCCCCAGUACAGCGGUGCCUGCGACUCCAAAAUGAAGCCCAGGAACCUCAACUACUGCCGCCAUGUGCUGGCUGCCUGGGCCAUGGGGGCAGAGGCUUUCUACUACCCUCCUGACGCCGGACUGCCUUUCGGGGGUCCAGGGUCCUCCAGAUUCCUUCGCCUUGAGGUGCACUAUCACAACCCACUGCUCAUCGCAGGUCGCCGGGACACGUCCGGGAUCCGUCUGUACUACACGCCCACUCUGAGGAAGUACGACGCAGGGAUCAUGGAGCUGGGCCUGGUCUACACCCCCAUCAUGGCCAUCCCACCCAGGGAAGCACACUUUGAGCUGACAGGAUACUGCACUGCCAAGUGUACCCAGACUGCCCUGCCUCGCGGGGGGAUCUUCAUCUUCGCGUCCCAGCUGCACACACACCUGGCAGGGCGUGGCGUGCGGACCGUGCUGCUGAGAGGGGGUCGGGAGGUGGAGGUCGUGCAGGAGGACAAACACUUCAGCACCCACUACCAGAUAAUCCGGACACUAAAGAAGAUGGUGAACGUGUUACCUGGUGAUGUCCUUCUGACCAGAUGUGUGUACAACACUGAGGACAGGAAAACAGCCACUGUGGGGGGGUUUGGCAUCGAGGAGGAAAUGUGCGUAAACUAUGUGCACUACUACCCCCGCACUCAGCUGGAGCUGUGCAAGAGCCACGUGGACCCAGAGUACCUGCAGAAGUACUUCAGCUUCAUCAACCGGUUCCAGGGACGGGACCCCUGCGACUGUGGGCAGACCAGCGUGACCGAGCGGUUUUACUCCCUGACCUGGGACACCUUCAGCGCAGAGGUGCUGAACUCCCUGUACAACACCGCCCCCAUCUCCAUGCACUGCAACCAGUCCACAGCCAUGCAGUUUCCCGGGGACUGGCAGAGGCAGGAGCUUCCCCAGGUCACGUCUCAGCUCCAGAGGCCUCCGUACCCCUGUGAGAGCGGCAGGGGUCCUGCGGCCCGGUCCGAUUCGCCCACCGAGGUGUGGCCUGACAGCAGGGCCUGAGGCCCCACCCACAGUACCAGAGUCCCC